GGUAGCAACAGGACAUUAGAGUAUAUGCUUUGGUAGCAUACCAAACGGGGUUCAAAACUCAGCUCUGAGUUCCUAGUUGUUAUGUCCUGAUACAACAACGGUAAAACAAAGAUACCAUGUAUCAGCAGGUAAAUGGGAAAAUUUGAAAAAAAUCAUGUGCCAGUCCUUUUUUGUUGUUAACCCUCACCUGAAGAUAUUUUUUCCAUUUAUUUUUUUUAGAGAGAGUGGAAGGGGGGUGGAGAGAGAAACAUCGAUGUGAGAGGCAUAUCGAUUGGUUGCCUCCUGCACGUGCCCUUGACCCGGAAUGGAACAUGAAACCCUUAACAAGAAGUGCUCUUAGCCCAACUGGUGUGGCUCAGUGGUUGAGCCUCGACCUAUGAACCAGGAGGUCACAGUUCAAAUGCUGGUCAGGGCAUAUGCCCAGGUUGCAGGCUGAAUCCCCAGUGUGGGGCGUGCAGGAGGCAGCCAUCAAUGAUUCUCAUCAUUGAUGUUCCUAUCUCCUCCCUCUCCCUUUCUGAAAUCAAUAAAAUGUGUUUGUUUGUUGUUUUUUUUUUUUUUUUUAAAGAAGUGCUCUUAGUAUUUGCUUAGAGAUUGUGUGAGUGGAUAGCUUUCAAAGUUGCCUUUGACACACCAGUGCCUGGCAUUCCUGCACCUGGCCAUGAGGCUGGCCAUGAAUCUGACAUACUAGUAAAAAUGACACGGAUCCCUUGACAGCAACCAGCUCUAGCUGUUUAUACUUCAGACUGGAAAGUUUUUCCGUUCAUAGGCACGGAUCAAUGCAUAGAAAUUACUGGCCCCCCCCCCCAAAAAAAAAUUUUUUUUAAAUUGGAGGUGGGGUGGGGUUAGGGGCCGAAUAAGGUAAGCAAUCGAAUUAACCUGGGAGGAAGUUUUAUUUACUAACAAGACCUGCCCUCCGAUAUUUAAGUGGGCAGCUGGGUUUGUGCCUGAAGUUUCCAUCCUGCUGGUUUGCUGGAGCGUUGAGUGCCGGGGUUCCCACAAUUCCGAGCCAGGCGGCCCCGCCUCCCGCCGGCUUUCCGCGCGAGGAUUGGCUGGUGGGGCCGGUCGGCCUCGGUGAGAAAACCUGAACCCACAGGCGCCAUGACCGGCUCAGGGACACCCGGCCCCCCGGGCCCAGGCCCGGCUCCCUGCCCGCCCCCACACCGCCUCCUGCUGCUGCUGCUGGUGCUGCUGGUGCUGGUGCCGCCUGGGGCCCUGGCCAACAAGCUGAAGGUGCCGCAGGUGCUGCUGCCCUUCAGCCGGGAGCCCGGCCGCGUGCCCUUCCUGCUGGAGGCGCAGCGGGGCUGCUACACUUGGCGUUCCACCCAUCCUGAUGUAGUAACUGUUGAGCCUUUAUAUGAAAACGGCAUCUUAUGUUCCCAAAAAGCGGUACUUUUUGCUGAAUCUACCCAACCUAUACGCCUCAGCAGUAUUAUUCUUGCUCGAGAGAUAGUGACUGACCAUGAGCUGCGCUGUGAUGUGAAGGUUGAUGUGAUAGACAGCAUUGAAAUUAUAUCUCGAACUCGGGAACUUUAUGUAGAUGACUCACCACUGGAACUGAUGGUGAGGGCAUUGGAUGCUGAAGGAAAUACUUUUAGUAGUUUGGCAGGUAUGAUGUUUGAGUGGAGCAUUGUCAAGGACAAUGAAUCAUCAAGAGGAGAACUGUCUAAUAAAAUCAGGAUUCUAAAAUACUCUGAUGCAGAAUAUUCUCCCCCAGCAUAUGUAACUGAGAUGGAAAAAGAAGGGAAACAAGGAGAUAUAAUUUUGGUGUCUGGGAUUAGAACUGGUGCUGCUGUUGUCAAAGUUCGAAUUUUGGAACCAUUUUAUAAGAAAGUGGCGGCAGCAAUAAUACGUCUGCUUGUUUUGGAGAAUGUAUUUCUUGUACCAUCCCAUGAUAUCUAUCUCUUAGUAGGAACAUAUAUUAAAUACCGAGUUGCAAAAAUGGUUCAAGGAAGAGUGACAGAGAUGGGAUUUCCCCUGGAACAUUAUACCCUGGAGUUACAAAACCAUAAAGUUGCACAUAAUGCGUCUUUUUCUGGGAAAGUGGCUUUACUGGAUGAGAAAACAGCCGUCGUGACCGCCAUCCAACUGGGCCAAACUAAUCUUAUUUUUGUACAUAAAAAUGUCCAUAUGCGCUCUGUGUCUGGACUUCCAAACUGCACCAUAUAUGUGGUGCAACCUGGAUUUUUAGGUUUCACGAUCCAACCUGGAGGCCGAUGGAGUCUAGAGGUGGGACAGGUGUAUGUCAUUGCAGUAGAAGUGUUCGAUAAAAGCAGCACAAAGGUCUAUAUUUCAGAUAAUAUCAGGAUCACGUGCCAGUUCCUGACUGAGUACUUUGAAGAGCAGCUGACGACUGUGAAUGGAUCUUACCACGUAGUGAAAACCCUGAAAGAUGGUGUCGUGGUGAUAAGUGCAUGCCUGACUUCCAUCCUUUCCCAGAAUAAAAAUAUUCAGCCUAUAAAACUUCCAGGUUUACAUCAGCAAGAAGUGAAGAUUUAUUUACCCAUCAAGCUUACCCCCAACUACUUGGCAUUUCCUCAUCAUCCUAUGGGAAUGUUAUAUCGUUAUAAAGUACAAGUAGAGGGUGGCAGUGGCAACUUCACCUGGGCCUCUUCUAACGAAACAGUGGCCAUGGUAACCACAAAAGGAGUGGUGACUGCUGGUCAGGUCAGAGGCAACAGUACUGUUGUGGCCCGAGAUGUACAGAAUCCUUUUCGAUAUGGAGAAAUGAAGAUAUAUGUCCUGAAACUGAACAAAAUUGAACUGAUACCAUAUCGUGCUGAUGUGGAGAUUGGCCGGCUUAUAGAAAUCCCCGUUGCUAUGUAUCACUUGAACAAGGAGACCCGGGAGGCCAUCGCGUUCUCAGACUGCUCUCUUUUAUCCUUGGAUCUGCACAUGGAUAAGCAAGGAGUCUUCACUCUUUUCAAAGAAGGUAUUCAAAGACCUGGACCAAAGCACUGUUCCAGUACACACAUAGCAGCCACGUCUCUGGGUCACACUCUGUUAACAGUGAGUGUAACUGAGUAUGGAGAGUACAUGGAAAGCAGUGCCACAUUUGCUGCCUAUGAGCCCCUAAAGGCUGUAAACCCUGUGGAAGUGGCAUUGGUGACAUGGAAUUCUGUGAAAGAAAUGGUAUUUGAAGGGGGCCCUCGUCCAUGGAUCUUGGAGCCCUCCCAAUUCUUUUUGGAGUUGACCGCGGAGAAGACAGAGAAAAUUGAAAUAACACAAGUCCGGCUGCCAACUAAGAGAAAACAGAACCAGUAUAUCUACCGGGUCCUGUGCCUGGAUUUAGGAGAACAAGUCCUGACAUUCCGAGUUGGAAAUCACCCAGCUGUCUUGAACCCUAGUCCAGCUGUCGAGGCUGUGCAGGUGCACUUCAUAUGUGCCCACCCUGCCAGCACGUCAGUAGCCCCAGUGUACACGGUGCCACCUGGUGCCCAGCCAUGUCCUCUGCCACAGCACAACAAACAACUGAUUCCUGUAUCAAGCCUAAGGGAUACAGUUCUGGAACUGUCAGUGUUUGAUGAGCACAAAAGAAAGUUUGAUAAUUUCAGUUCACUCAUGCUAGAAUGGAAAUCCUCAAAUGAAUCACUAGCUCAUUUCGAAAAUUACAAUUCAGUAGAGAUGGUAGCAAAGGAUGAUGGCAGUGGGCAGACUCGAUUACAUGGUCAUCAGAUCCUUAAAGUACAUCAGAUAAAAGGGACUGUACUCAUCGGAGUCAGUUUUGUAGGCUAUUCAGAGGAAAGUUCAAAGGUACUUCCCGACUCGCCCACAUCGGCAGCUGUGGAGCUGCUCCUGGUGGAUGACGUGACUGUGCUGCCUGAGAAUGCCACCAUCUACAACCAUCCCGACGUGAAGGAAAUAUUUAGCCUUGUGGAAGGGUCUGGUUAUUUUUCAGUCAACAGCAGUGAGCAGGACAUUGUCACCAUCAUUUACAUGGAAGCAGAAAGCUCUGUGCAGUUAGUUCCAAUACAUCCUGGAUUUCUCACCUUGGAGGUCUAUGAUCUGUGCUUGGCUUUCUUGGGUCCAGCACUGGCCCACCUCAGGGUGUCAGACAUACAAGAGCUGGAGCUUGAUCUCAUUGAUAAGGUUGAAAUAGGUAAAAGUGUGUUAGUAACUGUGAGAGUUCUUGGCUCUUCCAAACGCCCAUUCCGUAAUAAAUACUUCAGAAACAUGGAGCUCAAACUGCAGCUGGCGUCUGCCAUUGUCACCCUGACGCUAAUGGAGGAACAGGACAAAUACUCCGAAAAUUAUAUCCUUCGAGCUGUCUCUGUGGGGCAAACCACACUUGUGGCUAUUGCCAGGGACAAGAUGGGGAGAAAAUUCACAUCAGCUCCUAGGCAAAUUGAAGUGUUUCCUCCAUUCAAACUUGUUCCAGAGAAAAUGACACUGAUUCCAACCAACAUGAUGCAGGUGAUGUCUGAAGGUGGCCCCCAGCCCCAGUCUGUCGUUCACUUCUCCAUCAGUAAUCAGACUGUGGCUGUUGUUAAUAGGAGGGGGCAAGUUACAGGGAAGGUGGUUGGCACAGCUGUGGUCCAUGGCACCAUCCAGACAGUGAAUGAAGAUACUGGCAAAGUCAUUGUGUUUUCCCAGGAUGAAGUGCAGGUUGAAGUUGUUCAGCUAAGGUCUGUCAGGAUCCUUGCAGCUGCAACUCGACUCAUCACAGCUACUGAGAUGCCAGUUUAUGUCAUGGGAGUGACCAGUACCCAGACCCCUUUCUCCUUUAGCAAUGCCAACCCUGGGCUCACAUUCCACUGGUCCAUGAGCAAAAGGGAGGUAUUGGAUCUAGUGCCCAGGCAUUCAGAGGUUUUUCUACAGCUCCCAGUAGAGAAUAACUUUGCCAUGGUUGUCCACACAAAAGCAGCUGGUCGGACCAGUAUCAAAGUCACUGUCCGCUGUAUGAACAGUUCCUCUGGGCAGUUUGAGGGGAAUCUGUUGGAACUGUCUGAUGAAGUUCAGAUCCUGGUAUUCGAAAAACUCCAAGUUUUCUAUCCAGAGUGCCAACCUGAGCAAAUCUUAAUGCCCAUGAAUUCUCAACUGAAACUUCAUACCAACAGGGAAGGGGCUGCCUUUGUGAGUUCCCGUAUUCUCAAGUGUUUCCCUAACUCAUCUGUCAUUGAGGAGGACGGUGAAGGGCUCCUGAAAGCUGGUUCCAUUGCAGGUACUGCCGUGUUGGAAGUCACUUCUGUAGAACCUUUUGGAGUCAACCAAACAACCAUAACUGCAGUUCAGGUAGCACCAGUGACAUACCUGCGAAUGAGCAGCCAAUCCAAGCUAUACACAGCCCAAGGAAGGACCCUAUCAGCCUUUCCAUUGGGCAUGUCUCUCACCUUCACUGUUCAGUUUUAUAAUAGAAUCGGAGAGAAAUUCCACACACACAAUACCCAGCUUUAUCUGGCUCUGAACAGAGAUGACCUCCUACUUAUCGGACCAGGGAAUAGGAACUAUACUUACGUGGCCCACGCUGUGAACAGAGGGGUGACACUUGUGGGGCUCUGGGAUCGGAGACACCCAGGCAUGGCAGAUUACAUUCCUGUCGCUGUCGAGCACGCCAUUGAGCCAGACGCCAAGCUCACCUUUGUUGGAGAUGUCAUCUGUUUCAGUACUCACCUCCUCAACCAAAAUGGUGAACCUGGGAUAUGGAUGAUUUCUACCGACAGUAUUCUACAAAUAGACACUGUCACUGGGGUAGGAGUGGCCCGGAGUCAAGGAAUAGCAACAAUCUUUCAUGACAUCCCAGGACUGGUGAAAACAUAUCGAGAGGUGGUUGUCAAUGCAUCGUCAAGAUUAACACUCAGUUAUUACCUCAAGACUUAUCUCACCAAUACUCCCAAUUCAACUGUGUUCAAGUUCUUCAUCACCACUGGCAGAAAUGGUGUCAAUCUUAAAGGGUCCUGCACCCCAAGUCAAGCCUUGGCCAUUACAACAAUACUUCUUCCUGAGACCCUCAUAUUGUGUCAUAUACAGUUCAGUAAUACUUCACUAGAAAUUCCAGCAAGUAAAGUCUUUCAUGUCCAUUCAUAUUUCAGCAUGGAGAAAGGGGUUUAUGUCUGCCUAAUCAAGGUUCGACCCCAACCAGAGGAGCUGCUCCAGGCCCUCAGCCUGGCUGACACCUCAGUCUAUGGGUGGGCCACACUCAUGAGUGAACAUAGCAAGAAUGGAAUGCAAAGAAUUCUCAUUCCUUUCAUCCCAGCCUUUUACAUCAACCAGUCAGAAUUGGUGCUUAGCCACAAACGAGACAUCGGGGAGAUAAGAGUAUUGGGAGUGGACAGAGUUCUUGAGAAGCUAGAGGUCUUCCCCAGCUCCCCGGUUCUAGUGGUCUCUGGCCAGAGUCACUCUUCCCUCACACCUGGCCUUGCUAUCUACCCCGUAAGAGUAGUCAACUUCACUUCCCUUCAGCAGAUGACAUCACCUGUUUUCAUCAAUAUUUCCUGUGUGCUCACAGGUCAAAGUGUGGCUGUGCUAGUGAGAGCUAGUAAGAAGUCUGGUGCAGAUCAAUGUGAAGAUUCAGGUGUCCUCCAGUUCAUGGGUUCUUACCAGAUCCUUUUUACCCUCUUUGUAGUGCUGGCAUCAACAGCUUUCAUCUUUUUAGCAUACAGUGCCUUUCUAAACAAGAUACAGACAGUUCCAGUUGUUUACGUUCCAACUCUAGGAGCACCACUGACAGGUUCUUAUGCCUCCACACGCUCUCCCCCUCCAUUCCUGAGCCCACAACCCCCGCCAGCCCAGAGUCGGCUACAACACUGGCUGUGGAGUAUAAAGCACUAACCUGUCCUUAGACACGUCUCCUUAACUGUAGGAAACUGGAGAUUUCUAACCCUUGGCCACCAGAAGCCGCCUAGCAACAACCUCUAUACUUGUAAGCCUCCAGACAAGGUUUCUGAGAACUGUAAAUAAAGGGUCCUGAGCUGUUCUGUUCAAGUGGUGUGCUGGCUUGUGUUCCGAAGAGCAACUUGUUCUUAAUUCUAAGAAAACGUAACAGUGAAAGUAGAUAUCUCACUUAUAUGGUAAACCCCAAUUUUAAAUCAAGCUCUGAAGAUUUACUCAGUGAGCCUAGGCAGACAGAAAUGUCCCAAACGGACUUUUUAAAUACUUGGCUACUUACUU